AUGGCUCCCUGGGCGUCUCCCAGGAUGCACGGCGUGUCGGGGAUUAAGACCAAAACCCAAUCAAUUCCACAGCAGGAGCGGCGCAGGAGCGGCGCAGGAGCGGCGCAGGAGCGGCGCAGGAGCGGCGCAAGAGCGGCGCAGGAGCGGCGCAAGAGCGGCGCAGGAGCGGCGCAGGAGCGGCGCAGGAGCGGCGCAGGAGCGGCGCAGGAGCGGCGCAGGAGCGGCGCAGGAGCGGCGCAGGAGCGGCGCAAGAGCGGCGCCGCCACAAAGCUCCGGCUGUAA